CCAAAGUUUUUCCUUUUAACACAAAAAUUGGAGAGCGAAUUUAACAAAUUCAAAAUACAAGAACCUUCCCGCCAUAUGAUUUGGCGCCAGAUUUUUUACAAUCCCCUAAUAGUACAAGUUUCCCCUAAUCCUCAUCUCAUCUCUCUCUCUCUCUCUCUCAAAGCGAGAUUUUCGAAUAAGAUUUGGGGGCACACCCAUUCAAAUUACUACCGUUGGGCUAUUAUUUUUUUCUCUGGGUGCAAAUCCACGGGGUAGUCGGAGGAAACACUUGUUUAAUUUUUUGAAUAAUGGAGCUGAGGAACUGUAGUAAUACCCAUUAUUUUCAAGCUAUAAGGGGUGAUUCGGUGAUAAAAGUCCACAAUAUAGAUUCCCAUGUAAAACCAGCUCUUUCAUUCAGGACUUCAAAAGAUUUAUAUGAAAGUGAAGAUGUCAAAAGACCAGGGAGACCUUCUACAAGUGACAUGGAUAUAUUGAGUGCAGGUUCAGUUUUUUGCCAUGAUCAAGUGAAAAGUGAAACUCUGUGUUUUCCACACGUAGAUAGAAAAUUGAAGGAAGUCAAACUAGCAUUUGACGAUUUUUUUAUCUGUGGUGAUGAUGAUGAUGACAUAGAUAGGGAUUUGGAUGACAAUACUACAUUGAAACAGCUUAGAGAAAGGUCUAAAACAAAAACAUUGAAGGAAGUCAAACUUGAAUUGGAUGAGCUUGUUCCCUGUGGGAAUGAUGCUGACAUACAGAGUAAUUUGGAUCACAAUAGUACAUUGAAACAGCUCACGGAAAGGUCUAAAACAAAGAAAAGGAAGCUUGAAAGUUGUACUGGUGUGAAUUCAGAGCAGGCUGAUGCAAACAGAAAACAUGCUGAAGAUGAAUCUGAUAUUGAUGAACCACUUAUUAAUUGGAAAUCCAAGCUUUCAAAGAACUCAAAGGCUAAGAGGAAAUGCACGAACAAAAAUGUGAUGACAUCUUUGGAAGCUUCCUUAUCAAUUAAAUCUGAAAAGAAUCAGCUUUCUGAAGGCUUGAUGCAAGUUGGUGCUAAAUUACCACCAGUUAUCCGUGUUACAGCUGAGGUUCCUGAACCUGAGCCUCAAGGGUGUCCAACCCGAACUUGUUUUUCUGAUGAUUCAUCCACCGACCUGAAUGAGGGAUCCAAGCUUGGUGGUAUAGCAUCAAAUGGAAUUUCAAUGGAGUGUGAAAAUAGAGAAGCAUUGAUUUUUGCAGAGGAAUGCCAGAACUGUGUUACUAAUGAAGUCUCCUAUGACCAUUUGGAGCAUGUUGAGCCUAUCUCUGUGCUUCUUCCAAGUAAUGGAAGGACUGUGAAGGUAGAAUAUCAGGAAAUGGAUUGCCAAGAAUUUCUUGUUUUGGCCCCUUCAAUAAUUGAGACAGAAAAAGAUAAUCUGCAAGUACUUUCUAGCAGUUCACCGGCUGAGAUUCAAGGUUCAUAUAUGCAUUGCACCAGAAGUUCUUCCCAAAUGGAGGAGAUAUCAGGGCAAACAAGGGGAGAUUCUGGUGGUCAAGUUCCUAACCCUGCUGUUGACAAUAACAUUGGCUGCACCAAACGUUGCAAUGGAAUUAAUUUUUACCUGUUUGUGGAUAGCACUAAGGAAGAUUUGCUUGAUGAAAAAAAUGGUUCCCUGACUAGCCCAGACAACAGCUGUAUUACUUCAGAGGAUUCAAGUAUUUCCUUGGAGAUCAAUGACAAUUCAGCGCCAUUGAAAGUUACCAUGGCUGAUGAAGAGUCUUUGACAUUUACUACUGAUGCUGUGGCCACGAAUGGCUUGAACUCUAGAGAUCAGUUGGAGGAUGAGUUAUCAAAGAGCAAGGAGAGGCAAACUCCAGCAUCUCCAGGCACCUAUAAAGAAAGAAAACCCUCCCUUGAUUACCAAGGUUGUGAUAUAACUAAUACACUUCCAACACUAGAACUUUAUCAACCUCCUCAGAGGCUCCUUUCAACUCGAAAGGUCAUUUCUCCAUAUUCUCAAGAACAAUUGUGCUUGAAUAUGAAUUCAGUUGAAUUACAUGACGAAGUUGACCAAUGCAAAUGCAAAGGGAAGUUCUGGUUAGAGAAUCAAGAUGAGAACGUUCAUUCAGGGAGAUCAGAUAUUGAGCAUUCUAAAAUAACUGAGAGGAUAGGAGAACCUGUGGUGCGUAGCCAGAGAAAGGUCUUCAUAAACCCCAGACAGAUUUUGAAGAAAUCACAAAAUUGCAAAGCUUCGUUACCUAAAGGAAAUCUCGAGGGCCCUCGUUUUUCUCGUACCUUACCCAACUUUAGCACUGGUUGCUCCACUAAAGGUUGUUCAGAAAGUGCUAUUGCAUUUUCACAGCGGCAGAUGCAUGACAUUGAGUCUCUUGCAAUGAAACUGAUGACUGAGUUGAAGUCCAUGAAGGACAUUGUGGAAGAAAAAUUGCUUUUUGAAGCAUAUCGUAACACUGCUUUGAAAAAUGAUGCUGAAGAGGUUAAAGCAGCGAUCGACAACUCAACAAAAGUUGAAGAAACAGCAAAAAAGUGGUUAUCCAUGAUGAAUAGGGACUGCAAUCGGUUUUGUAAAAUAAUGAAAUUGAGUCAGAAUAGUGUCACUGCUUCCACGGAUGUAGUUAAGAGGGAGAGGAAAAAGAUAAUGUUUGCGGAUGAAGCAGGUGGAAACCUCUGUCAUGUCAAGUUUUUUGAAGACGGCGUAACUUCUCCAGUUUCUGUUAGCCAAACAAAUGCAUCUGAUGCUGAACUACAACAGGGAUGAGUCAACCUUUUAUCCUCUAAUGCUAUCCUGCUGAAGCCGAUAACCCUUAGCGUACAUUUCACUCGGGGUUUCUUCACUUUAUUUGACCAGAGCUCCUUUAGGCCUGGUGACUGCAGGACUUGACUUGGGGCGCUUGAGGGUGGCCCGGGGAGAGAUUCAUUAUCGUGGUUCUAAAUUCUAAUCCAAUAGAGAUAUUGAAUUGGAUUGGUGAUGUAUUGUUUUUUAUCACUUACAUUGCUCAUAUGAUCCAAACGGUUUAUGGUUGAUUUUAUAUCUGAUUUUAUCAUUUACAUUGUUCAUAUGAUCCAAAUGGUUUAUGGUUGAUUUUAUAUAUGAUCAGGAUUUCUGUUGUAUGAAUGCAAGAUCAUUCUUACUUUGAUCAUCAUGCCUAACACAUACACUAGACUUCAUUCUUCAACCCA